AUGUAUCAGAUGGCGAGAUUGUCGAGGACCUUUCAGAAUUUUCCUCAGAUGAUAAUUAUUUCGAUAAUCUUUCAAAAAAUUUUGCUGGACAAUUCGCGCAAAACAACUCAAUCAAAACGUAAUGUUAAAACAAAAAAUAUCAAAACAAAUGGCGACUAUGAGAAAAGUGUAACGAUUGAGGUUGACAAUGAAAGUGUCAUUGAAAUUGAUCCUGACUCAGAUGAAAGUAGUGAUGAAGAAUUACUUAAACUUCGACUGAAUGCAUUAAAGUCGAAACCUGAAGUUAGAGAUAUUUUUGAUGAUGUUAAUGAAGAAGUAAGUCAACCACCAUCGCCAUCAAUGGCAAUCAAAGACUCAUCGGUAGAAGAAGUACAAUUAAGAAUCAUGGCUCUUAAAUCAGCAAUGCUUAAGAAACGACACAUUUUUAAGGAGAAAAAGAAGAAGAGGACUCUGGAGAAUGAAAGGCCGUACUCACCUUCUGAGGAUGUCAUUCCAAUUCCAAUUGAAGCAGACGAUCCAACAGAGAUGGAAUUCAGUCCUUUAGGGUCACCUUUCAAUGAAGUUGUCGACACAGAAAACCAACAAAUAGAUAUGGAAAUUUCCAAUAGCCCAAUAAUGAAUGAAGAGAGAGAAACAAGCGAUAUGGAUAUUGCACCAUCACCUUCGGAAUAUGCUCGUAAUGAGCCACCAUCAGAUGAAGAUAAUAACGAAGAGAUAGCAUUAAGAUCUUUGCUUUUAACUUCAAUUCAGAAAAAGAAAGUUUUAGAAAAUGAAAAUCGGGACCAAACAAAUUCCUCCAAAGAUGAUCAUGAAAUUGAGUCAAUGACAAUAGAAAACCUUAAAAUGGCUGUGCAAAGGUUGAAACAAAAGAAGAAGGAAUCUUCUUCAAUUACAAUAAAGUCGGGAACUAAAACAAUUGCAAUGUUACUUGAAGAGAAACAAAGAAUUAAUAAAGUGAAAGAGUCAAAUUCAGUUUCGAAUGAAGUCAAAACUCACCAUGGAGAUUCAGAAAUGACGUCAAAUGAAAUACAAAAUGAUGUCGAACAAUGUUAUCUGUCAAAAGAGAUAUCACUGGAGAAGUUUCCACAUAAAAACUUUUUAGUUCGAACAAUCACAAAUGACCUCGUGGUGAAAGAAAAAGCAGAAAUUUCUCAUGCGGAUUCAAAAAGUCCUUCAAUUGAAACUGAUCAAACAUUCUCAACAAUCACAGACACAAAAAGCAUUCCACUCAUUGCAGUUGGGGCAAAACGAAGUCGAUUAGUGACUUCACUUGAAGCCGUUAAUAAACCAGUAUCGAAACUCAUAAUAUCAGUGAAUGCUGAAAGUGAUACAGAUGAUGAUGGAAGUCCCAGUAAAGUUCCUGUAAAAAGACCAAAUAGAAAGAUUUUAGAAGUUCCCGUGUCGAGUGAAGGUAAGGAAAAGUCACAACCCCCAAAAGGGUUUGAAAUUAAUCUCGACAACUUCCUUAAAACCGUGAGGUUAGAACAGGAAACAAAAUCGACUCAAAAACCUGCAAAAACUCCAAUAAAAGCACCUGAAAACUCGCAAAUUAUUUCAACAUUAUCAAAAAGCGCUUCGUCAGUAAAACAUUUGCCAUUGUCAUCACAAAUUGAAUACGAACAGUUGAUACAAAAAAUGAAAAUUCUCGAAGAAUCAAAACAAAAACGACUUAAAGUUCGUCAGAUAAAAAGAACGAAUUCUGGAAACGUGGAAAAAGUUGGAAAAUCUUCGACAUCGAUUGAUAAACCUCCACAAACAUUUGAAACGAAGACUCAAACGAAAGUUGCACCAAACAAGAUUGAAGAUUCAUUGAGAAAAAUUCCACAUCUUGAUGCAGAUGCCAAACAAAGAUUCAUUGAUAAGACUGAAACUACUUAUAAACGUCACAGGUUCGUUAAUGUCUAA